GUCUUGUUGACUUUUACGAGCAAGUCUCUUCCAUUGUCCAUUUUGCAUCGCGGCGACUUCCAUUCGCGUUUCCUUCCUUUCGUCCGUUUUAUCAUUAAGAGCUUGGGAGAGAGGAAGAGACGCAUAUACACGUACUCGCGUUUCAAUGAGCUCAUCCUUAAAUUAUAUCGAGCCAAGUCAUCGCGCGCUCGGAUGACUUCUAUCGCGCUACUACACGUCACACGUGCGAUGAUUUUCGGAACAAGCGGACGUGGUGUAACAGGUAUGGCCGUACGCGAAAGCCGCGAAUGUAUCACACAUACGUGUCUCUUCGUGUCUCUUCCCGUCCUCCGCCUCUCCGCGAACGCGAAAAUUGCGCAACGCUAUAUACAUUAUGACGUUUUCGCCGGAAAAUCCACGCAACGCGCGUUGAUGACUCGGCGAAAUUAUUACCGGUCCAUUUCGUGAUUCAGUCUACCUCUCCUUUCCUCUCUCUCUCUCUCUCUCUCUCUCUCUCUCUCUCUCUCUCUCUCUCUCUCUCUCUCUCUCUCUUGUUUAUUGUCCCAUCUCGCGAUGACGCGCCCGCCGUGUAACAACCGCGUUCGCCAAACGCUCCGAAUCAUCGUCGGAAGCGUGCAAGCCCACGCGUUGAUUACGUUUCUCGUUGGCGAGAAACUGGACUGUGCUUUUUAUGUUUCUUCCAGUCGAACGAGAGACGUUAGACGCGCACGAAGCGGCAAGAAGCGCAUUACGAAAUCGGAAUCGGAAUCAAACGACGCCACGAUACGACGUAGCGAUAACGCGACAUCGGGAUUGCGUAACGUUUCGCCAUCAGUAGACUUACGCUUUAGAAUUUAAUGAGCGUUUAUUUCCAUGAACGGCAUUUUUAUCGACGAAUCUAAUUAACGCGUAACAUUGUGCGCGCGCUCAUUGACGUCACGUCGUUGAUUCACGUACGAGGAACGAUCGGAAUAUUAGGCUGCCUCUUCCACGUGGCUUCUUCUCUUUUCAUCCCGCCAUCGUCAUCGUCGUGUCGCACCUCGUCACCGCGAACUCGUAUUAAGGAUGAAUCACGGAAUCGGCGAUUCCGCGUUCUCCAUUCAAUUCCGGCUAAGCGGAAUCUCUUCUCGCGAAAGCGAAUAAUUCGCUCGUUAAUUCCAGCAGCCACGGAGGCUCGCGCACUUAUCGCCCGACGCGGGCGGGAGAAUUCUCGCUCCCGGCGAAUCCUCGCUAAAUAAGUCUCCUUAUCGAGGAAGUCACGCGCGAUCCGAAUCGUCCCGCUUGACAGGACACGCGUCGUCCUGCGUGAUCGCAACGCGCGCUCGCGUCCGGAUUGCGACCGCCUUCCAAGUUUUCCUCCUGUGCGAGCGAUCGCACAUGUCGGCCGAUCGAAGGCGGAAAGAUGGGAGGUCGCGGAAAUUCCCAGUCGCGCGCGAUCUUCCGCCGAUCGUCGGUUCCAGCGCGACUCAAGGGCCGCACGUCGCACGCACGUCGUCCUCGCGGGCGGAACAACAGAACGUGAUUCCCCCGAUGGCGACACGUGGCGUACGUCACGCGGCGCGCCGCCGCGUUUCCGCAUGCGUCACACGACGCGAAACGCGUCCGCACGUUGUCUGGCCGUUGGCGCGAACGGAAAGCGAUCCGUCGCGUCAGUCGGGACCGGUUGUUUGCGCGAUUCGCCCCGCGGAAUUGCCUACUACGCGCUUAGCUUACCGCCGAGCAGAGUCAACAACGUUGUUUACGCGUUUAAUUGGCCGACGCCGGGCAUCAAACGAUACACGCAAGGCGACGCGUCUCUCUUCGGUUCUUUCUUCUUUCGUCAGCCGACCGUGGAAAGAUCCGCGCGGCUCUCGAAUCGGACUUCAAAUUGAAGGGCGCGAGCGACGGCGACGAGUGUGUGUGUUCACGCGGUCUCGCGAAGGUGUGAAUCGCCGCUUGAAAUAGACGCGCUUUCACGUCGGCCGGCGGGAAUUUACGAGUGACCGGGGGGGUAUUUCGGGAUAAUUUCAAAGCGCAGAAACGUUUACGGAAGAGUCGCCCGCGUGGGCGAAAGUGCGCGCCGCGCUUUUGGGCUGCGCGAGCGCGUGUGCGUCCUUCUGACGUUUACUUACGCGGAUACUUUGCGCGAUACUCUGGCGAGUGCAACGUACGUCGCUCUCCCGUUCGCCGGCGCGGCGCGGCGAGCCUUGGCGCUUUUCGCCCUCAUUUGAUGUACUAAGAGAACGAAUUAUGGUGGCAGAGUUUGUCGCCCGCCAGAGUGGAUCGCCCAUCAAUGGUGAGACCGCGUGUCUGAACAGCAGCAACAUGCCGGCCACGCACACAAUGGCGCACGGCGGCCACGGUGGCCACGCCGGGCACGACGCGCACGGACCCUUGCCGCCGCUGACCCACCCUGGCCACCAUGGUGGACCACCGGCGAUGCAACAGCAACAGCAGCAUCAGCAUCAGCCGCAGCAGCAGCAGCAACCACCGCCGCCGCAGCAGCAGCAGCAGCAGCAGCAGCCCCAGCCCACUCAUCAUCACCACCACCACCAGGCGCAGCAGCCGCAGCAGCAACAGCCGCACCAGCCGCAGCCGCAGCAGCAGCAGCAGCAGCAGCAGCACCAUCACGACCAUCACGACCAUCACGAUCACCACGACCACCACGACCACCACGACCACCACGACCACCACGACCCUCAGCAGCACCCGGAGAACUACUCGUCAAACUUCGACAUCCGGAAGGACCUGUUCACGCAGCGCAAGCAGCGCGAGUUCAUCCCCGACAACAAGAAGGACGACAGCUACUGGGACCGCAGGCGGCGCAACAACGAAGCGGCGAAGCGGUCGCGCGAGAAGCGCCGCUUCAACGACAUGGUGCUGGAGCAGCGGGUGAUGGAGCUCAGCAAGGAGAACCACAUACUGAAGGCGCAGCUGGAAGCGAUACGCGACAAAUACGGCAUCUGCGGCGAGGCGAUCAUCAACACCGAGCACGUGCUGGCCGCGUUGCCGAGCGAGCCGACGAUGAGCGUGAAGCGGGCGAAGCUGCCGACUCCGGCGGCGCUCAUUUACACCCGCACGCCGAGCCCGGUGCACACGUCGGUGAUCCACCAGCCGGUGAGCGGCGCACGGUCGCCGAGGUCGCCCGCCUCGCAGCUCUAUGUGCCGGAGACCACGGCUUACCCGGAGACCGACAGCUUCCAGUACCCGUACUCGCACACGGCGAUGCACUUGGACACCACGAGCGCGCUCAACCUCUCCCGCGGCCGCAGGGCGCAGUCGCCCUUCGAGCUGUCGUCCGGCAGCGGCGAUGAGAGCCCUCAGAUAGUGGUCGGCUCUCAGAACCCGGCCGCCAACAACAGCCUGCCGCACAAGCUCAGGCACAAGUCGCGCAUCGGCGACAAGGACGCCGCGAGCGCGCUCUUGGCUCUUCAGGGUAUCAAGCAGGAGCCGGGCGCGCGAGCGUCGCCACCAUGGGACAACGAGGGCUCCAGCGACGAACGCGACUCCGGUAUCUCGUUGGGCGCCGAAUGGACGGGUCCGAAUGUUUCCGCGGUGUCCGACAGCGACCGUGAGGUAAAACUGAAGCUCGACCGUCUGGCAUCCGAAGUAGCGUCGCUACAGUCGAUAUUCCGCUUGGGCAAGCCCGUCACGCCCGGCGACAACCUGGUGACGGUGCACAGCUUGGCGUCGAACGCCGCCGCCGCGGUCAACGGGCCGUGAGAGGCGCGCCGCGAUCCUGUGAGUUGGGGCGUAUGAGCCCUUCGUUGCUGGAUUCCUCCGGCUGAAUGCCGAGGUUCUUUGGGAUAUUAGACACGACGACGACGACGACGGUGGCGGCGGCCAGGCGGAGGAGUCGUCGUUUGAAGCGCAUUCGAUGGACGACCGGACGGAUCCACGGAUCGUCGCGGGAGGAGUUGACGACGUCGAGCUGAAUGCAGCGCUCGAGACCGAUCGCGAAAGGAGUUCUUUUUCCCUGUUUUUCAUUUUCAGACGGAUGUUGCCUGACAGAGCAGAUGGGUAGUGAUCGAUCGAUUGUUGUUCACCCUCGACCGGUGAAUCCAUCGGCGACACUCGCGAGUCGCGCGACUGCUUGCUUUCGUCCGGAUCGAGUUUUACGUGGACUUUUAAUUUCUUGUUGGCUUUCUCCGGAAUUAUUGUAGAUACUGAUUUUAAACGUUGUUUUAUUCUGCCGAGGUCUUUCUGUGACACGUGUCUUUGCACCUUUUGAAGAAAAUAUGUUGAUAUAUGAUGGAUUAACGAGAGAGAGGGGGGGGGAGGGGGGAAAGAAGGAAGGAAUUGAAAGCGCUUAAUAUCCGCUAAUGAGAAGAAUCAACGCGGCGGAACGCCACUGGCGAACUUCUAGUCGGGCGCAAUCGUCGGCAAUCAUCGGACGAUCACCGACAUCGCGAGCUGAGCUCGGCGCGAAUUACAACCGCUGAGAUUACUACCGAUCUGCUCGCCGCGGGAUCGAUCGUCAUCUCGCGUCAAUGAUCGAGUCAUAUCUCAUGUGAAUGCGACAUCUUACACGCGACACCUCGGGUCUUUCGACCGGCUAGACUCCGUCGGACCCUCUUCCGGAACCCUUGCGAUCGUUCCUUUCCGCUGAAGAUGAUAACUUAUUGUGAUACGACGGACAGGAGAAGCCAGUUCGCGGAGUUGCCGAGCACAACCGAAUGUGUGUGUGCGCGUGCGUGUCAUCGGUGGCUCGCCGGUCGAAGGUUCGGAGGGCGAUUUUGUCUCCACUUUGGUACCGAGGCGGCGGUAGGAGUUAAGAGCGACGCGAUUAACCCGUAGCGUUCGUAAGUUGUACGUUGUAAGACUCGUAGGCUAAUCGUUCUUCUAUUAUUCAGCAUUAUAUCCUUACUAGAGCGAGGUUUGUUGAUCCGGGCAAUCGUAUCGCGGCGAGGCGAGUCGCGCCGAGCCAAUAUCCUGCAUGCAGGAAGGUGUGAACGAUCACAGCGUUACCGUUUCACCACCCCGAGCUUUUACUCCCCGGUUAAUAAUUGGUCGCGCAACCGGCUAUCUCACUACCGUCUCAGACGUAACUGUAUAAACGAUUCCAUUCCCGCGUACGGAGCAGGGAUCUUUUCUUCUCGUUACUCGUCUUUUGGUCCCUUUUCUUCUUCCGCCAUCGUCAUCCCUUAUCAUCUCCUUUCUUCUUCUUCGCUAUUGUUACAUGUAAAGCGGCGGGCGCCGACAACCUCGCACGGUGGAGCUUUGAGAGGUGAGGCUCGGUCGCGUUCACAAUUAUUUAUUUAUCGUCAAAAGGAUCGAGCUUUUGUCCACUAUCAAUCUUCAAUGUUGACCUUUAACGUGUUCCCGAGAACAAUAUUCACCUCUCCGUCGGAAGUCAGAAAUAUCGAAGAUUCGCAGUGUUCAUCGGUGUCUCCCGCUCCGAAUUCGCUUCUCGUUUAUUUCAUUCGCCCUCGCUAUCGCGUCUCGCAACUCUCGCGAAGCUCCACCGAUCCUCAGAUUUCUCAUCGUGCUGGACGCCGGAUUUGCUCAGGACGAUCUAUAAUUCGCGACACAUGCGGGUCGAGUAAGAUAAUCUCGUCGAAGAAACUUUCGGACGAUUACUCGGAUGUGUCGACAGAUCACCAAAUAUUUUCUGUGUUACACGAAACUACAAGUGGAAUGCUGUUUCGAGUUAUAGAUUGAGAGAGCAAAGUCGAGUCCUUGAUUGAUCCGGACUUGGAAAAAAGAAUAAAAGAGAGAGAGAGAGAGAGAGAGAAUAGCGAGGCUGCGCUUUCCAUCGAGAAGAAGGCUCCGUUCUCGCCCGACUUUGCGCGACUGUCUCCUUUUUUAUACUUUUGCUAUUGAUUGUACUACAACGUCGACGUAGUAGUAACGCGUCUGUAUAUAUGUAUAUGUAUAAACGAAACGAAAGUGCAUCUGUGUUACAAAACGCCGGACGAGAGAACGCUUGUCUGUCGAGUCUAAGUGUAAAAUAUUCAUUGCGGAAAAUCUCGGAAGGCGAAAUUUAGUGUUAAAGUAUUAAGCAAGCCUAUAAGUGUAUGUAAUAUAUAUAUAUAUAUAUAUAUAUAUAUAUAUAUAUAUAUAUAUAUACAUAGCAUAUAUACACCUAUAAGAAAUAUACAUAUAUACACUCGAAUAUACAUAUAUGCAUAUAUUUUUCAAAUUAAUGUAUUUUUCGAUAUCAUCAUUGAAAGCGAACUCUGUAAACGCGUGUACAGCGCUCGAUUGUCGCGGACUCGAAGGAACUCUCCUCGAGAGAGGAGGCAGGACGAUGGGAGUCGUCGGUCGUAGCGGAAGUAUCGCCGAUUCUCCGACACGGCAAUUAGCACAGAACCAAAGUUGAUCGAAAUCUCUCGCCGAGAUCACGACGAGAUGUCAAACCGGUCGCGCGCGUCCGACUUUCACUACAAACGGUCGAGAGAAAAAGCAUCCGAGAAGAUUUAUCGUUCCGACGAUAACGACGACGACGACGACAAGAAGGAAAUAACGGCGGCGUGUAAUCGCGCUAGAAUCGAUGAGAGAAAAUCACCGGGAGAAUUUUGUCGAUCAGUGUCCCGCUGUCCCGAUCGAUCAACCAUUUGUUAAUACCACAUGUGAUACCGUAGAGCGAUAAAGGCGCGAGACCCGACGACGUUUUAAGCCGCGACCCCGCGCAUCAUCCCCUAUUUAUUGUAUACUAAUCGCCUAUGUUACGGCGGAGCGCGAACCGAUGAUGGUGGAGAAUUGGCGAGCUUACGAUUUUAACUGAAAGCGCACGAAAAAGAGACGCCGCGUUCAAGUCUCGUCGGCCGCGUUCGUCGCGCAGAUUGAGAGAGAUGGACUCGGGCGUCGCACGCGGAAAGGAUCUCGUAUUGUAUUCCUCCUCUUUCUCCUCCUCCUCCUCCUCCUGUCUCUUUCUCAUCCCGCUCGCCUCUUUCUUUUUCUACGUUGCUCCUCAGCGUGAAUGUUCCACAUUUUGUACAGUGUGCUUGUAUGUAAAACGAUUCCGUGCGAGCCCGAGGGACGAGGAGGACGACCGCGACGCCCGACGGGCUUUGAACCGUCGUCGACGUGCGCGCGAGGAAUAACGUAGCCAGUAGCAAUAAGUGAGAAAAGCCACCGUCGGCGAGCUCCGCGCGCUGUAAAGGACACGAGGAAGUAGUUGAUUUAGCGUAGGAUACCGUGCUCGCAAUCGCGUCGCUGUAAAAUACCGAGAGUGCCUGUAAUGACGAAAUCAGUCGCCGCGUGUGUCUCGCGAAUCGAAGAGGCGCGAAGCCUGGCGGCCAACGGCGAGAGGAACGAAGACGCUGUACCGUGUGUAUGUAAAUAGAUCGUCUUCUGCCGAGCUAAUUCGCUAAUUUCCAAUCAGCGAGUCGACGACUCGGUCUCUUGCUAUUCCUGAUUUAUUCUUUCACACACACACACACACACACACAUUACUCGCGCACCUUUGCCUCGCUCGCCUCGGACGAUCGCGAGAGCCAAUAUAUAUAUAUAUAUAUAUAUAUAUAUAUAUAUAUAUAUAUUCUUGUACAUAUAUAAAAUCGCACCUUUGCCAAAAAGCAGUUACGAGGACCGCGGAGCAAGGUCGGCCGGAGAAGGAAUGGA